AUGGCUGAUCACUUGAAAGUUACUCAAGUCAGACCUGAACACGUUGCAAGAAUGUCUGGAAAAGCGCAAACAAAGGCUUCAUUGACACACGGAGUGAUGGCUGGUAUAGCAGUGUUUGGGCAACAGCAUGUCGCUGUUCUUUGACUUUGACCCUCCGUCCAGCAGCAGUUUCCUCGCGCCAUCUCUGCUGAGGAAUGAGGUGUAACUUAUUCCGCUAUCUCUGAUUGCGACUGAUUAGUAAAGUCGACAAAUAGCUGUUCCUCCCACCUCCGGGAGAUUGCAACUCAUUUCUGAAAAGGAAAUGAAAGAAUUGGGUUUCUCGUGUAUUAACCCGCGGCUUCUGUUAUUAGUUCGAACGUGCGCGUGUGGUUUCCAUCCGUCUCGACUUUAGACUUGCUCUCGGAUAGUUCUGUAAAGUUAUUCAUAUCGAAAGGAUAGAACCAUGGAGGAAAGUUUUAUUCAAAAUGUGUUGCGCUUCUACGGUGAAAGCGGUUCGCUGUCCACGGGAAACCUGGAAAACUUUCUGCGCCUCAUCACCAGCCGCCGCGCGCCGUCGGUCGAUGCUGACGCCAAUCCGCUGAAGAACACCGAGUGUUCUUCAUUGUUAGAGCUGUUGUCAGCCUUUGGACUGAGCAAUGCUUCUGCCGUUAGUCUCAAUGAUCUGGAGAUGAUGUGUCCAGCUAUUCUCAGUCAGGUCCUGCUCCCUGCCUGCCCUUACACCUCCCCCUCAAACCGUAAUGAUUCUUCAUUGUUACCUGAUCACAAAGUUUGGGGUUAUGGUUUCCUGGCCGUGACCGUGAUAAACUUGGCUGCUCUGUUGGGGUUAUUUCUGGUGCCUUUGACUAAAAAAACAUAUUUUCCAAAAGUCUUGACGUUUUUCAUUGCAUUGGCCAUUGGGACACUGUUUUCAAAUGCUGUACUGCAACUUAUCCCAGAGGCCCUUGGCUUGGAUCCUAAAGAUGAUAACUAUGUGCUAAACGUAGUUGGGAUUUUUGGUGGAUUUUACAUUUUGUUCUUCACUGAACGAGUUUUAAAGAUGGUACUGAAAGCAGAUCCAGAGCUGGGACACAGUCAUUUCCCUCCCUUGCAGUCAGCUGAUGUCACCAUCACCACCUUUAGCAAUGACGCUGUCAUAAAUAACAUCAGCGGUGACAUCAUCACAAACAACACCAAUCAUGAAAUGAACUCUAUCAAUGAAAAGUCCAACAACCCGAGUGAGAGUCCAGCCGUUGAACAGAAUGCAUGUGUGUUAUUAACUUGUCGCUGGCUGAAAGGGGAUGGAAUGUCUAAUAUAAAGACUGUGGCGUGGAUGAUCACUGUCAGUGACGCUGUGCAUAACUUCAUCGACGGUCUGGCCAUCGGAGCGUCCUUCACACUCUCUCUACUCACCGGCUUCAGCACCUCUAUUGCCAUCUUCUGUGAAGAGUUCCCUCAUGAGCUGGGUGAUUUUGUGAUUCUGUUGAACUCCGGUAUGAGUGUUGGUCAGACUGCGUGUUUUAAUUUGCUGUCAGCGAUGUGCUGUUAUCUCGGUCUUGCAUUGGGGAUCCUGCUGGGCCGUAGUUUUGCUCCAAAUGCUAUCUUUGCCAUUGCUGGUGGAAUGUUUCUCUAUAUCUCCCUUGCAGACAUGUUCCCAGAGAUGAACAGUAUCAUGGCUUCACAUACCAAAGGUUAUCGAGAUAGGGUUGUGUUCUUCCUGAUCCAAAAUGCUGGGCUGCUCACCGGAUUCACUGUAAUUUUGCUUAUUACCCUGUUUGCUGGAGAUAUCAAUCUGGGGUAGAAAGACAGAAGCGAAUGAAAGUGAGAAACAAGGAACAAUUGUUUUCAGUGCCAGAAACCAAAUACUUGAAACAGACACUGUUGGUUUUUCUGUUUGUACAGUAUGUUAGACUUGUACUGUAUUUGCUGUUGGGAAAAACAUAACACAAUCAUAUGGUCCUGGAGUACAUGAUUUUUAUUAUAUUGUUUAAUGAGAUUUUGCUGUUGUACUGAUGUGAGUGUUAGUGUCUGACGUGAACAGGCAACAAUACAGCGCUGUGUGAGGAGGAAUUCCUCAGUGGCAGUAGCAGCCUAGCACUGAGUCUCUGAGCAGCUUUGUCAUCCAAAUGUCAAUGCUGAAGCACCUUUUGAGUGAGACCAUAUCAUGUUCACACAGUCUCUAACCAAAGAAAAUGAAAGUGAAUUUAAACCUUUCAUGCCUUUCCAUUGAGUUAGAACAAGGUCUGGGAUACAAAAUGUAUUCUACCAAAUGUAUUUUUUUUUUAAAGAUUUAAAAAACAAAAUGUACAUUGUGAAAAAAGUAUUUAUUUAAACAUUCAUCUCUCUAGUUUGUUUUUGUUUGUUGUCUUUCUAGAUGGCUUUUUUCCCACUGUCACCUUUAGCUCACUAGUUAUAGGCUAUAUGUGCCAUUAUUUUAUGUAAAACUGCUUUUUAAUUGUACUUAUUCUGAAAAGAGUUAUACAAAUAAAUAUGAAUUGAACUAAAGAUGUUUCUCCUAAAUUUUAACAUUGGGCAGAAAAUGUUGAGAUUUUAACUUUUACACAAAGUAUAUAUUUUUCAGAUAAUAUUUAAAUAAUUGUUUGCUGUAGUACAAUGGCAAGUAAAAGCCAAUAAGCUCUCUGUAAGGUUUUGUUUUUUCAUACAUGGUGUUCUAUAUAUCACUUAAAGUUUUAUAUUCUAUAUUUAAAUUUAAUGUAUUUUGCUUUAGGAAUGUGACAUUUUCCAUUUUCCUGUCAAUAGUAGUGUUAACUUAAAAAAAAAGAAGAAAAAAAAGUAUAAAAUAAGUUAUUAAUUUAAUGCUAAUAUACCACAAAGUAUAGUGUUAAAAUUUGACACUAAUCAAUAAUCAUUAAUUAAUAAUGCCAUUACAUGCAUAAAAACACAUCAUGACAAUCUGUUUCAAGGAAUCAUGACAUAUACUGUACAUUAUGAAUCAGUAUAUAUAUUCCGACAAUUCAUAGCAAUGUACAGUUCACCAAACACCCAUAGCCAUCAUUAUAUGCCAGGAUACUUCAGUUUUGUUUGUUUUUCUCUACACACUGACCUCCUGAUAAGAGUCAUAUAACAAUUAGAGAUUUAUAACAUAAUAAAAAAAUAAUAAUUAGCAGAGUGGCACAAUUGUAACAAACAUGAAAAGUGUUGUUACUGAUAAGGGCACCAGGACAAUCAGGAAGUUUGUAGAUGUGGAACAUGGUACAUGUGGUGAUGCAAUUUAUGACAACGUAUUUGUGCUGCUGUAUGACCUGCAAAUCAUUGCAGGGAUAGUCUGAUUAAACUGUUCUCAUCAUGUGUCAGUACACCUUUGGAAAUGGUUUCAAAUGCAGUGUCAUUGAGAAUAGUGGUGAUCCUGAGUCAAGGGGAGAGCAGGGAAACUGGUCAGCAGUUGAAGUUUGAAUCACUUCUAAUGUGUGCUGGAAGUAAAACUAAGCAAUAAAGGUCACAAAAUCAAUUAUUUCUGUGGUGAUAGGGCUUGUUUGUUGUACAUGUUUUGGUUACCGCCCCAUAGGGCUUUCAAUAAA